CGAGCCAAACAAGAAAUGGGUUCCUCAGAAAACAAAGGGGCGGUGAACCAACCUUUGCUGGAGUCCUAUAAACCGGCGCUGCCGGAGGCGGCGGAGGAGGUAAGCUCCGAGCUUGAGGAAAUACUGUCGGACGCCACCUUGUCGUGGUGGCGCCGCUACCAGAAAGCAAGUGUAAUAGAGUUGAGGUACUUUUUCCGGCUGGCGGGCCCAGCUGUAAUAGUAUAUUUGCUGAACAAUGUAACUUCAAUGUCAACUCAGAUAUUUUGUGGGCAUUUGGGAAAUCUUGAACUUGCUGCUUCUUCGCUUGGAAAUAAUGGCAUCCAGCUUUUGGCCUAUGGUCUCAUGCUGGGAAUGGGAAGUGCAGUGGAAACAUUGUGCGGGCAGGCGUACGGGGCCCACAAAUACGAAAUGCUUGGAAUAUACAUGCAAAGGUCGGUAGUCCUACUAAUGGUAACAGGGCUUCCCCUAAUGCUUGUCUACAUAUUCUGCAAGCCAAUAUUGCUCCUCCUCGGCGAAUCAAAAUCAGUUGCCUCUGCUGCUGCUCUCUUCGUCUACGGUUUGAUACCUCAAAUAUUUGCGUACGCCGCAAAUUUCGCGAUACAGAAAUUCCUGCAGGCGCAGAGCAUAGUGAACCCGAGUGCGUAUAUAUCGGCCGGUGCGCUGGUUGUGCACAUUUUGAUGACGUGGGUUGCUCUGUAUGUGUUCGAGUGGGGGCUAUUGGGGGCCGGUUUGGUUCUGAGUUUGUCGUGGUGGAUUAUUGUUAUUGCUCAGUUUGUCUACAUUUUGACCUCCGAGCGUUGCAAAAAGACGUGGAACGGGUUCAGUUUGAUGGCUUUUUCGGGGCUUUGGGAUUUUUUUAAGCUGUCUUCUGCUUCGGCGGUGAUGCUCUGUUUGGAGACUUGGUAUUUUCAAGUUCUUGUUUUGAUUGCCGGUUUGCUGCCUGACCCUGAAGUUGCUUUGGACUCUCUUGCUAUCUGUGGGACAAUCCUUGGAUGGGUAUUCAUGAUCUCAGUGGGGUUCAACGCUGCAGUUAGUAUAAGGGUUAGCAAUGAACUCGGAGCCAAACACCCAAGAUCGGCUGCUUUUAGUGUGGUGGUGUCUACCGGAACAUCUUUCAUCAUAGCGGUUAUUUGUGCAAUAAUCGCAAUUGUCUUCCGCCAUCAAAUGAGUUAUGCCUUCACCUCCGGCAAAGUUGUUUCCGAUGCAGUUUCGGACCUUACCCCGCUUUUAGCCGGCGCCAUUGUGCUUAAUGGAAUCCAACCUGUUUUGUCCGGUGUGGCUGUUGGGUGUGGAUGGCAAGCAUUUGUUGCGUAUGUGAACGUCGGUUGUUACUAUGUGGUCGGCAUUCCAGUCGGCGCAGUUCUCGGUUUCAAAUUUAACCUUGGCGCCAAGGGAAUAUGGGCAGGGAUGCUGGGAGGCACGCUCAUGCAGACCUUAAUACUAAUAUGGGUUACUCUCCGAACUGAUUGGAAAAAUGAGGUGGAAAAGCAAGUAUUCGGAUAGACAAAUGGAAUGAUUUGAAAGAGAAACUUCCUAUUGAAUGAUUCAUCACCAGAGGAACUAUCUGUCGUUUAUAUAUAUAUAUAUAUAUAUAUAUAUAUAUAUAUAUAUAUAUAUAUAUAUAUAUAUAUAUAUAUAUACACUAGUGAUGGAGCACCGCGCAAGGCAUAGUUCCAAACUUCCAAGUAUGUGAGAUGUUUGUAUUCAUAAACUUUCAAGUAAAAAAUAUAACAAAAGUUAAUAUGAAUAUAUAAAUACAUAAUUUUAUA